CAGGAGUCUGCAUUCAAUUCCUUUGCUUCCUCCUCUCACCACUCCCCUCCCCAAAACCAGCAAGCCAGCCUGGCUUCCCCAAAACCCACAGCCAUCACCCCUUCUCCUUUCCCAUCAUGCCGAUCCCCCAAGAAGCCAUUGCUCCCAAUCCUUCCUGACUGUCCUGCACAUCUCCACGAGCAAUGGCAGGAGGCCAGGAUGUGUUCUUGGGGGUGGCAAGGGCGUCGCCGCCGCCGCCGCCGCCGCCUCCCUCUUGCUCCCCCCUUCUUGGAUCCACCACCAGCUCUGAUGGGCCGCAGAUGCUGAGCUUCUCCUCCAAUGGCGCAUCAGGGUUGGGUCUGAGCUCAGGGGCCAGCAGCAUGCAGGGGGUGUUGGCAAGGGUGAGGGGGCCGUUCACUCCAACUCAGUGGAUGGAGCUGGAACACCAGGCCCUGAUCUACAAGCACUUUGCUGUGAAUGCUCCUGUGCCGUCCAGCUUGCUCCUCCCCAUCAGAAGAAGCAUCUAUCCAUGGAGUACUUUCGGCUCUAGCUCCUUAGCAUGGGCGCCGUAUCGUCCUGGCUGUGCUGAUGCAGAACCAGGAAGAUGUCGCCGUACCGACGGCAAGAAGUGGCGGUGCUCUAGAGACGCUGUUGGGGACCAAAAGUACUGUGAGCGACACCUAAACCGUGGUCGCCACCGUUCAAGAAAGCAUGUGGAAGGCCAAAAGGCAACACCCACCAUUUCAGGACCAGCCAUGGCUGUCUCUGGUGGUGUAUCGUCGCGCAGCCAUUCUGUGGCUUGGCAGCAGCAGGUGAAAAGCUCAGCUGCUAAUGCGACCGAUCCUUUCUCCCGAGAGCCCAACAGGAAGUUGCUGGACAAACAGAAUAUACACGGCCAAUUUUCAGUAUCCACCUCCAUGGAUUCCUUUGACUUCUCAUCGUCACGUUCUUCCCUAAACCAUGACAAGGUAGCAUUGUCACCAGUGGAGUUGCAGCAUGAUCAUGACCAAGCAUACAUUGUGCAGGGAGCAGGCAGUUCUGCAGAAAACAGUAACAAGUUGCAGGAAAGUCGGUUACUAGUCUCCAGGGAAACAAUUGAUGACGGACCUCUAGGCGAGGUUUUCAAAAGCAAGAAUUGCCAAAUAGCAUCUGGAGACACCUUAACCGACGAACGGACUGCGAGCCGCAAGUCGCAUUCUCCAACUGGAAUCCUACAAAUGACUAGUAAGUUCAGUUCAGUGUCCAGCAGCAACACAAUGCCAGCAGAGAAUCACAUAAGUAGAAAUGGCUCUCUCACAAUGAGAUUGUUGAAUUCUCAGACUGUCACAAAAGCACUUGUUCAGGCUGAUCUUGUUGGAACCACAAAUAACUGAAACUAUGUUCAUGGCACGAGUUUGCUGAUAUAAGGUUUCAAGUCAAUGUCUUGUAGCUCUUAUUUUAUUUAUUAUGUGUUCAAAUUAGGUUGCCUUUUCGUUUUGGUUGAGGUGGAUGUACUGUUGUUUUGUUUCGUUAUGCCUUGUAAAGAAUUUGAACUCCAGUCAGAAGUUGAGUGCCUUUGUACACCCAACAUGGAGAUAUUAUGCAAUUCGGACUUUUAAUGGAGCAUGAUUCCUU